AUGACUGGUUCAAACACAUCUAAUAUGACAGGCUUGGGACUUGUCACCGUUCAACGAGACGAACCUGAGGCUUCGGACGGAAGGGAGGUUACCCUUCGUGAUGAACACAUCGCCCAGUUGUCGCAACAAGUGGCUAACCUGCAAGGUGAAAUUGAACGGCUUCGGAACCUUACCAAUCUUUCUAUCAGCCUCAACACACCACUUCCCGAAGAAAGGACAAAUGCACCUAUCCCACCACCUUUCCCAUCUUUUGACUCACCUAUCCCGGAACAUCUUCCACCAAACCCUCCACUUCACAACAACAAGCCAAUAUCCACUAACGCACAUGCUAACCCGCAACAAGUCAACCCAUCGACUUUUACCACAUCAUAUGUUUCCCAACCACCACCAGCCCAAAGCACCCCGCUAACCCAAAAUCACCAUGUAACCCAACACAUACCGAUGGCACACGUCGCUAUUCCUAACAUGCAGCAUGUUCCACCGGUAUAUGUAGCGGAAGCACAACCUUUUACUACCCCUAUGCCUCACCAACUUCACUCCGAAGUGUAUCAGUAUCAGGAAGCAGAAAAAGAAGUAAGGGCCAAAGCCGACGAGUAUAUGGCGAAGGAGAUCCGUGAGUUAAAGGAAGCAUUCAAAAGUUUGAAAACCGUUAGGAGUAUGGAAGGUUUGGAGUAUGAGGAUCUAUGUGUUCAUCCCGACGUCGAUUUACCUACAGGAUAUAAAGUACCAAAAUUUGACAUGUUUGAUGGAAAAGGAAACCCGCGAGCCCAUUUGAGGUCGUAUUGUGAUAAGUUAGUUGGAGUGGGAAAGGAUGAAGCUAUCAGGAUGAAGCUUUUUAUAAGGAGUCUUACAGGGGAAGCCCUUGAUUGGUACACAAGUCAAGAUCCACAGAAAUGGCACAGCUGGAGUGUCAUGGCGCAAGAAUUCAUGGACAGAUUCAGAUUUAACACCGAGACCAACCCAGAUAGAUUCUAUUUGAUGACGUUGGAGAAGAAAACAACAGAAUCCUUUAGAGAGUAUGCCAUGAGAUGGAGGGCAGAAGCAGCAAGAGUCCAACCCCCGAUGGGAGAGGAUGAGAUGACAACUACUUUUAUUCGAUCUCAAACGGAUGCGACAUACUAUGAGAGAUUGAUAAGCAUGCUGGGGCAGAAAUUCUCGGAAGUUGUUAGGAUGGGAGACGUUAUAGAGGAAGGUCUCAAAUCUGGAAAGAUAACAAACUUGGCAGCACUACAAGCAACGAGUAAGGCAAUCCAGUCAGGAACUAUUGGAGGAGCAAGUAAGAAGAAGGAGAAAGAAGUAUCCGCUGUUAUGACCGUCCAAGACCGCAGGCCUAACCAAAUGUUAACCUACCAAAACCCAUUACCCCAACCUUCAUACUAUAGCCCAUACACCCAAACUCCUCAACCUUAUUACCAGCCUUCGCCCAUUCCCUAUCCUGUUUAUAAUACCCAACCAACCUAUUAUCCACCCCGAGCACCCACAUACCAGAAUCCAUCACAUUACCAACCCACAUAUCCAUCUCAACCCCGCUACCAAUCACAAAACCGCCCAAAUGCACCUAGACCUCGCCCGAGCUUUAAAAGAAAACCAGCCAAAACCUAUACACCCCUAGCUGAACCUUUAGCCCAGUUGUAUGAAAGGUUGAAAGCCGCAGGAGUACUCCAACCAGUCCCAGGAAGAGUUCCCGACCCCCUCCCAGGAUGGUAUGAUGGGACCAAACGUUGUGCAUAUCACUCUGGUGUGACUGGACAUGACACAGAAAAUUGCCUUACUCUCAAAGAUAAGAUUGAAGAGUUGAUCAAAUCAGGAACCAUUCAGCUUAAGGGAGCUCCCCCGAAUGUGAACAACAACCCUCUUCCAAAUCACGAUGAUACCAGUAUUAACAUGAUAUCUACUGAUGAGGAUUGGAAUUUGGAAGGAACAAUUGUACCAAUUGAAGACGAGAAAAAGGCUGUGUCAUCUGCCUUCAUUGCUCCUAUCAUCACAGUGCAAGUGCGAGCACCAAUUGAGGUGGAAGUACUCCCUCCGAAGCCCAGGAUCAUGGCUCUAGUUGCUCAGACACCUUCAUUUGAAACCAAAGCAGUUCCUUGGGACUACCAGUCUGAUAUAAGGAACAAAGGAAAGGCAAAAUUAGUUGUAGAAGCUGCUGCUGCAGGUAUGACGAGAUUCGGUCGGUGUUAUGUUCCUGAAGAAGCAUCACGAGGAACUUCAAGUAAGGACAACAACCAGAAGAAGUCCGCGACAGAAGCUGAAGCAGAGGAGUUUUGGAGAAAAAUGCAAUGUAGCGGAUACUCUGUUGUAGACCAACUAAAGAAGACGCCGGCUCAAAUUUCCCUCAUGUCAUUAUUGAUGAGUUCCGACAGCCACAGGAAUGCUUUGGUAAAAGUACUCAGUGAAGCAUAUGUACCAGCCGAGACAACUAGUGAACAUUUGGAAACUAUGGUAGCCCAAAUUUUAGAAGCCCACAAGAUUUCUUUUCACGAGGAUGAAUUGCCGCCUGAAGGUCUAAGUCACAACAAAGCUUUGCAUCUCACUAUCAAGUGCAGGGACAAAUUUGUUUCUAGGGUUUUUAUUGAUAAUGGUUAUGCACUUAAUAUAUGUCCUUUCACUACCCUCAAAGCUUUGGGAAUUGACAUUGGAAAAGUUCGUGAGAGUCAUGUGAAUGUUAGAGCUUUUGAUGGAGCACAAAGGAGCGCUAUUGGUGAAAUUGAUUUAGCAUUACAAAUCGGGCCUGUGGAGUUUAUCAUUGAAUUUCAAGUGUUAGACAUAUCUGCUACUUAUAAUUUGUUGUUGGGAAGGCCGUGGAUUCACAUGGCUGGUGCAGUCCCUUCCACUUUGCACCAGAACGUGAAGUUUGUGUGGAAUCACCAGGAAGUUGUGAUUCAUGGAGAAGCAAGCAAUCCCAUUUACCCCGGGAAUUCAAUCCCUAUCAUUGAAAGUGUGGAGAGGCUGGAUGAGCCACUUUCCACAUUGAAGAAAUUAUGA